ACGAAUUAGGCACAUUAAAAGUUAUAUUUAAACACUUUAAUUCAAGCAAGCAGUUGUUUAGUUUAGCUAGAAAUAAAAGAGGUGGUGAUAUUGAACAGAGAGGACAUGACAAAUGUAGUGAAAAAGCGAGGGAAAGCAAAGCAGGAGACUGCUGAGUGGGACAGCUUAUUCCAUCAGGAGCUGAGAAGCCAGGAGCAGUCGCUGGUGUUUGUUAAGCGAAUGCUGGUCCUAUCCGUGUCCUCUAUAACAUACCUGCGUGGGAUCUUUCCAGAAGACGCGUAUCGAUCCCGCUACUUAGAAGAUUUAUGCAUCAAGGUUCUUAAAGAGGAUUGCACCUCUCCAGGAGCCUGCAAAAUUGUCAAGUGGUUGAUGGGGUGUUUCGAUGCUUUGGAGAAAAGAUACCUGCAGAUUGUGCUUAUCGGCGUACACAGAGACCCAGAUGACACAAAUCAUGUCAUAGAGUCUUACCAGUUCAAGUUCAAAUACACAGACAACGGGCCUCAGAUGGACAUUCUCAGAAACGAGAACAUUGAGAUGAGCAUGACUACGGAGAACACUAAGAAGGCCUCGGUUCUGUUGAUCAGGAAGCUUUUCCUCCUCAUGCAGAAUCUGGAUUCUCUGCCCGACGGCGUCCAUCUCACCAUGAAGCUCUACUACUACGACGAUGUGACCCCGUCAGAAUACGAGCCGCCUGGUUUUAAGGAGGGAAUGUGCGACAGCCUGUGGUUCGAGGGCACAGCGGUGCACUUCAGAGUGGGAGAUUUGCAAACUCCCUUCCACGUGCUGAAGGUCGGAGUGGCAGCCGAGCAGGGCCGUGUGAGUAAACUGCAGGAGGGCGAGCACAUGAGAGAGAGUGUCCAGGACUCCAUGCAGGAGGUGCCCGGACAGCGCAGGGAGGAGGAUCUGCCAUCCGAGGACGAAUCAGCUGCGCAGUUCAAGCAACCCACUAAAGCGACAGCAAAGGUAGGAGUGAUUGUUAGAGGAGGAAACAAACUGGCAAAGAGACGGAGGAAAGAACCGUGA